AUGAAUUCUAACAAAUACACCAGCAAAAGAAAGAUGUUGACGCCUCAGAAUGAUAAGAAACAAUUAGUAAAUCAAAAACUUCAAACGAAAUCCUAUACACUUAAAACACCUAAUAAAGUCGAUUCUGCCGAAAUUAUUGAAAACAUAUACAAUUAUAUUUCAAAUACUGACUUGAUAAAUAAAGUAAAACCAAGUUCAACGACAAACACAAAUUAUAAACAAGACGACUCUAAUCAAAUUCCGGAAUUAAAAGAAGAAUACCAAAAGACAGUAAUGUCAAAAAAGAGCAGCAUAAACACGAGAUACCUACUUAAUUUUAAAAACUAUAUUCAAGAACUUCAUAUAGCAUUGAUAAAAGAGUGCAACUAUAAUUUAUUAUAUUACGACAAUUCGUUAAAUACAACAUUAGACUUUGAAUCUAUGGCGAGUUUCACUAAUCAAACGUUGCAAGCUGUAAAGGAACAAAAAAUAUUUUCGGUAUUAGGUUAUUUCCCAAAAAUUUCUCUAGAGCUGAAGAACCGCGGUUGGGUGGAAAAACGAGAUCCGUAUAAACCACCAAUAAAUUAUUCGUAUUAUGUAAAAUCAUCACCAUACAUAGUUAAUUGGUUGGAAUCUCCUCCGAUAAUAUCGUCAAUUGAUCAAAAUGAAGCAGCCGUGGAACGCUUGAAAAACGUGCAAUCGUGGAAUAUUCUUAAAGAUAAAAGAUCGGAUUUUAUUUUUGUCACUAAAAAAAGAUUGAUUCAUUGGUCCACUUUAAGUGAAUUGACUUCUGUCAGUCAGAUGACAAGACACGUGUUUUGUACCAAAAAUGGUUUGGCAAAAUCUUUGGAAUCUUACAAUAAUGCUGAGACAAAUUUGAUGUUUCCAAGAUGUCAUUAUAUUCGAUCCGAAGAAGACAAGGAUGCAUUUGUGGAAGAUUAUAUUACAACAGCGUUAAUAAGCACACUAAAGAUUAUUGUAAAAGCAAUUGAGAAUAAUAAAAGAAUUUUCACUGCAAAUGGCAAUAUACCGUACAAAAUGAUUGAUUUCGUGAAACGAUGUAUAUCCAUAUUUUUGAAUAAACAAAUAACUGGUAGUAAAAAAAUGGAUUUAUGGAAAUUUAAAAGUCAAAAAGAAGAAGUGUGGAACGAAUUUAUUAUUCAUUACACAAAACUGAUCGUAGAUAGCAAUGCCAAAUUUGAUCACGAGUAUACAUAUGAAUUAGAACUAGAUGUUUAUGCAAAAUGUAAAUAUUUACUGGAAAACGUGAAAAUAUAUUGUCCCCAACACUAUAUCGACGGGAUAACUAACACAUGGAUUUUAAAGCCUACGUCAAACUGUUCUGGUCACGGCAUUAUGUUGUCUAGAGACUUGCAUACAAUAAAAAAAAAAAUCACUGAAGCCGGUGUCUUAAAAAAUAAUUAUAUUCUUCAAAAAUACAUAGAAAGACCCCUUUUGAUUAAUACGUGUAAAAUUGAUUUGCGACAGUGGUUUUUAGUGACUAAUAUGAAUCCUGUAGUUGUGUGGAUGUACAAAGAAGGUUACGUUCGUUUUUGUGCAAACAGUUUCUCCAUGAAAAAUAAGCACGAAUCCAUUCAUCUCAGCAAUGUUAGACUGCAAAUGAAAUAUAGAAAAUAUAGAAAUCCAGGAGUACCCAAAGAGUGCAUGUGGGAUUACAGAGAACUACAAAAUCAUUUGAGAAAAAUUGGUCAAGAAUACGUAUGGGAUGAAUUGAUAUUUCCCGGAAUGAGCGAGAGUAUUUACGCCGUGUUGCAGGCUGCUAAGGACUCUUCGUUGUACCGCGAAAAAACUUUUCAAUUGUUCGGAGCAGAUUUCUUGAUAACAGACAACUUUAUUCCGUAUUUGAUCGAGAUAAAUUCUAUUCCCGGACUGAACCCGUCGACGAGCGUAAUCGCCAACUUGGUGCCUAUGCUCCUCGGUGAUAUAGUAAAAGUGACAGUAGACUAUGAGAAAAACUCGUUCGCCGACACUGGGCUGUUUGUAAAGGUUGUGCCGGAAAAGUGGAAACCAACUGCGAUGGUCGUGGUGGAUAGUUUAUUUAACUCGUCCGUGGUCGAGGCCGCAGAUCCAGUACCGUUCACGACCGGCUACCACCGCCAGUGGAUGGAAAACAUAAACAAGAAGUUGGCGGCACUACGAAUUAGGGUAAACGCCCAACAGACGCGCAGUUUCUCACGUAGUAAACAUCAGAAUACUUGA